AUGCGGCCAACUCGGAGAAGGACGUUGUGGGAGUGGAUCGUCUCUGGGCACGACAGCAAGAUGGUCGACUCCAUGUUGCGGACUGUGCUGGACUGCUUUAGUCAGUGGUUGCGGCAAGGGCACUGCGAUGGCUUUGCUCGGGGCACGCCUGCCGCCAACGCUCUGGCAACUCGAGCACGCAGGCUGGAGAGCAGUCCUGGCUUCGCUGGGGUCUUGGACGCUGCGAAAGCAUUGCUGCGGGAGCACUUUGCCACGGAAGCUUUGGCCCUGCAGUCAGAUGCUGAAUGGCUGCGUGGUCUUGGCAUUCACUGGCGCCUGGACUACGGCAGUCGCCCAAGGCACACCUCCGGCUUGGCCAGCGGCCAAGAGUACGUAGGUCUGCGGAACUUGGGCAAUAGCUGCUACUUGAAUGCAGUAGUGCAAUGCUUUUACAGCUGCGGCCCUUUGCGUGAAGAUGUUUCAAGGCAGUCGCCGGCCAAAGGCCCUUUGGCUUCGUGCAUGCAGCGUCUUUUUUUGCAGCUUUCAGGAGAGAACGGACACUGGGAUUACGUUUCCCCUGCAGCCUUCUUGCACCAGCUGUUUCUCACUGACUGCGCUGCCUUUCAGCCGGGCGAGUCUGCCGAUGUACUGGAGUGCUGCCGUUUGCUGCUCAACUCCUGUUUGCUGCGCCCGGGACUGUUUAUGGAGCCUGACGAGCGCCAAGGCGGGGCGUGCUAG